GCUGGCGCCAAAGACCUCGUCCACUAUUUGGCGCGAAGUCGACGAAAAGGUUGCGGUACUCACCUUCCUUCUCUCCAAGAGCCGACAGCCAUGGCGGAGGACAAGGUGACGGUCAAACAGGAGGUCAAGACGGAAGUCAAGACAGAGCAGGGGGCGGCCCCCGCCUCCAACGUGCCGCGUCUGAACGCAGCCAUGUUCUUCCGCCGUCUCCAGCGUCUCUACAGCUCGUGGAAGGAAAACAAAAAUGAACCCGCAUGGGGUGGGGUGGACUCGUUCUGCGUGCUUGCGGGUCGUGCACAGCAGGAAGAGUCCGGCUACCGCAAGUCUGCGGUGCUCCAGAUCUAUCUGCUGGGUUUCCUGGAGUUCCCUGAGACUCUGAUGGUGUUUACGCCCCAGAAACUCUACGUACUUACAGGCGGUAAGAAAUACACGAUGCUAGAGGCUGUAGCCCAGGAGAACGCCACGUCAGACGUGAAGCUGGAGCUGCUGAAACGCAACAAAGCCGACGGUAACGUGGCCAACUUUAAGGUUCUGACAGACGCCAUCAAGGCCAGUGGCGCCAAGACGGGCGUGUUGACGAAGGAGAACCCACUUGGAGAACUCGUAGCCAGCUUUAAGAAGGCUCUCGAGGCCACAGAUGUAGAGCAAGUUGAGGUGGGCAAAGGUAUCGAGACGGUGCUGACAGUUAAAGAGAGUGAAGAACUCGAGAACAUCCGCUGGGCCGGCGCUCUGUCCAGUAAAGUAUUCAAGCUCAAGUUCAUGGAGGACAUGGAGCAGAUUAUUGACGACGAGAAGUCCAUUAGUCACGAGAAGAUCUCGAUGGCCAUUGAAGAUGUGUUCGAUAACCCGUCCAAGAUCAAAGUGACGAUCGAUCCGGUGGAUAUCGAGCCGUGCUACCCUCCUAUUGUCCAGUCUGGAGGCAAAUACGACCUCAAGCCCAGUGCACAGAGCAACAAGGACCCUAUGAAGUACGACGUCAUCAUCUGUUCGCUCGGAGCGAGGUACAAGGGAUACUGCUCCAAUGUAGGACGCACGUUCUUCAUUGAUCCGACCAGUUCGAUGGAGAAAUCGUACGAAUUACUGCGUGAGGCACACGAAAUGUGCGUCAAGGAGCUGCAGCCGGGCAAAAUCGUCGGUAAAGUGGUGGAAAAAGUGCGCAAGUUCAUCCAGUCGAGGAAUGCGACGCUGUUUGGCAAGCUGACGAAGAAUCUAGGCUUCGGUAUUGGUCUGGAGUUCCGUGAGUCGUGCAACCUGCUCACGACCAAGAACCAGACGCUGAUCAAGGAAGGAAUGGCGUUCAAUGUAGCCUUUGGCUUCAACGAUAUCCCGAUCCCAGAGUCGCAGCGCAAGAAGAAGAAACUGGACAGCUACGCCGUGUUCCUGGCCGACACUGUGGUGGUUCUAGAGAACGAAACAAAGUACUACACGAAGGUACCGAAGGCGUGGGGUAAGGUGCGCUACGACAUCGAUGACGACAACGGCGAAGAGGAGGAGAAGUCCAAGAAGAAAUCCAGCAAGGGAAAAGAUAGCUCCAUUCAUGGCUCUGUGGACACGUCGCUCUCUGGUACACGCAACCAGGUGCUGCAGUCGCGUCUGCGUGAUCAACAGCGACAGUUGGAAGGCAAGGAGACGGACCAGGAACGCCGUGAUCGUCACCAGGCCGAACUGAUGCGUAGGAAACGCGAGGAAGCCAUGCGUCGACUGGAAGAGCAGAACAACGACAAGUCGGAUGACCCUAAGAAGGAGAAGAGCAUCAAGGCGUAUCAAGGUCCGCAGGACUAUCCGUCUGAGCUACGUGAGCGCCAAGUUAUGGUGGAUAUGCGUGCUGAGGCUGUCAUUCUACCUAUCAACGGUGUACCGGUGCCAUUCCACAUCUCGACCAUCAAGAACGUGAGUAAAUCAGAGGAAGACAAGGCCACGUACUUGCGUAUCAACUUCUACGUUCCUGGUACAUCACUCGGACGUGACGUGCUUCCGGCCAUGGCAAACGCGAUCACUAAAUUCCCCAACAAGAUGUUCAUCAAGGAGCUGGGCUUCCGCUCCACGGAUGCGCACAAUCUGAACAACCAGUUCCGAUUGAUCAAAGAGCUCCAGAAGCGUGUGAAGCAGCGCGAACAACGCGAACAGGAAGAGUCCGAUCUGGUUGUCCAAGAAGACCUGAUCCUGACCCGUGACCGUCGUGUACCCCGGCUGAUUGAUCUCUCGGCUCGACCGCACUUGACCGGACGAAAGACUCACGGUACACUGGAGGCUCACUCAAACGGCGUGCGCUUCACUACGAACAAGAACCAGAAGCUUGACAUUCUGUACGCCAACAUUAAACACGCGAUCUUCCAGCCUUGCGAUAAGGAACUGGUGGUGCUGAUCCACUUCCACUUGAAGAACCACAUUAUGAUCGGCAAGAAGAAACAGAAGGACGUGCAGUUCUACACUGAAGUGAUCGAAGGUUCACAGACGCUGGACAACCGACGGCGAUCCAUGUACGACCCGGACGAGCUGGACGAAGAGAACCGUGAACGUGCAUUGCGUGAGAAGCUGAACACGACGUUCAAGGAGUUCUGUCACAAGAUGGAGAGCGUGUCGGAGCGACAUGGCAAGCCCGUGGUGUUCGAUAUCCCGUACCGUGAACUAGGCUUCAUGGGUACGCCAUUCAAGGAGAUGGUGCUGCUGCAGCCGUCCGUGCACUGUCUCGUCAGUCUGACGGAUAUGCCGUUCUUUAUCAUCUCAUUGGACGAGGUGGAGCACGUCCACUUUGAGCGCGUCAUGUUCUCGUCUAAAAACUUCGACGUCGUGUUCGUGUUCAAGAACUUCGAUAUCAUGCCUACUCGUAUCAGCGCCGUGUCUAUGAGUGAACUGGAGCGUAUCAAGGAGUGGCUAGACGACAUUGAUAUCUGCUUCACUACCGGUACAGCAAACCUGAACUGGAAGAGUAUCAUGUCCACGAUCAAGAGCGACCACCGCUUCUAUCUGGAUACUGAUGAUGAUGGUGUGCCUAAGCCAGCCGGCUGGGAGUUCCUCAAGAUGGAAGGCUCGGAUGACGAAGAUGACGAGGAAGAAGAAGCGGGAGAUAGCAACUACUCGGGUGGCUCCGAUGAAGAAGACGACGAUAGUGACUCGAGUGACUCGGACGGAUCGGACUGGGAGUCGAUCGUGGACGAAGAAUCUUCGUCAGAGGAACCGUCGGAGGACGAGGACGCACCGUCUUGGGACGAAUUGGAGAAAGAGGCACAGGCGUCUGACCGUAUGCGCAACGAGAAGCGCGAUCACGAUGACGACGAUGAAGACUACCGUCGCUCGUCCAAGAAGAAGAAAGCGCGUCGCCACUAAAAGCGCAGACAAGUGCACGACUCUUGUUAGUGCGCGGACUUUCGUAAACUUACGUGACAAAUACUACUCUGUGAACGGCUUCUUUGUUGUACGCGCCACCCAGACAGGCUUCAGUAUUACAGAAGUUAUCGUCGAUAAGCGUAGGGUUCAACCAUUUAUACGAACACAAACAAUUGGAUACAAAGUACUUACAUUCUGUCAAAUUAGCAGAUAUGACAGGC